AUGAAUCCAACCGACGUCCCUUUUAACCCAUUUAUCACAACGCCCCGAACAGCGUCGCGGUUCCGCCCGAUCUAUGCGCUUACUCUAGACAUCACAAGGACGUUCAAAUUUGAAAACAUUCAAAACCCUACUUUGAACACGCACAGGUACUUGACAAAACUUACGGAACCGUAUCAUAACAACAACAAAGACAAUGCAAAUUAUGAACUGAUCAUAGCGAUCGAUGAUAACAUCGGAUCAGCUUUUUCAAAAGAAGGUGACUCGUGUUCGUUUUUACCACAAUCGAGAUACGUUGUGAUAUCGGCGUUAGGGAGUGGGACGUUUGGACAAGUGUUGAAGUGCAGGAAUUGCUCAGACAACAGUUUGGUCGCGGUCAAAAUCUUGAAGUCAAAGCCGAUUUUUUUUCGACAAGGGAUGCUCGAGAUAGCCGUGUUAUCAUCACUUCGAGAUAUUGUCGACCAAGAUGGGAAGUAUCACACUAUUAAAAUGAUCGACUACUUUUUGUAUCAAGGACACGUCUGCAUUGUGAGCGAACUCCUCUCUGUCAAUUUGUAUGACAUGCUACGAAGCAACAAAAAUGUGGGUAUGGGACUGACUUUUAAUCGGCAUGUAUUGCGUCAAUUGUUAGAAGCAUUACACGGCCUAACAACUAUGAAUAUCAUACACUGCGACGUGAAGACUGAAAACGUCUUGUUAGUCCCAAACACAAGUGAUAUUAAACUGAUCGACUUUGGGAGUGCUUGUUUUGAGCGAUCAACUCUUUAUAGUUACAUUCAAAGUCGGCAUUAUCGUGCCAUAGAAAUUAUAUUGGGGUUGCCUUAUUCAUGUGCAAUUGACAUGUGGUCCUUUGGAUGCGUCGCAGCUGAACUGUUUUUGGGUAUCCCACUCUUCCCGGGCGAGAACGAAUAUAACCAGUUGGCUAAAAUUGUCGACAUGUUGGGCCCGAUACCAGAUUAUCUACUAAAGAAAGGGACAAAGACGGAUAAGUAUUAUAACAUGACACAAAAAGGAAAUACAUUUGUAUUUGAAAUGAAGAGUCCUCAACAAUACGAGAAGGAAAAUAACGUCAAGUUGUUGGAGAACAAGAAGUACUUCAGAUAUAAAACACUCGAGCAAAUUUGUCAACACGUUCCGUUGCAUCGAAACGCUUUUGUCCGCGACAACGAUCAACUUUGGAGAGCACUCUUACUCGACUUUUUAAAGAAAAUACUGGAGUAUGACCCAGCUAAGCGAUUGACCCCCUCAGAAGCUUUAACACACCAAUUCAUUAAAUCAAAAACGAAGUUGGAGUUAUUGAGUCUACCACUUCCAUUGGUUCCACAAGAUGUUCCAAUGGAAGAAAUCGUCAGAAGAGUCUAUGGCGGGCAAUACACACUUUUCUACUUACAAAACAGAGACAAGUUCUUCCAAGUGCAACACAACUACUUUGUAACGUUUAUCAGAGCAUUAAAAUGUGGGUAUGUACUCAACAUUUUAAAUGUGAAUCCGUUUAAGAUGAAACCACUAAAGGUCAUAGCGCAGUCGAGUUUCUCGUGGCACAACGUUGAAGAUGAGAAUGUCAUGACUUGGGGAUCGUCGAAUUCCGACUCCGAGGAUUCAAGAGGUAGAA